UUUCAGCUAGUUGCAAACAAAAUGUAAGUUCAUGGGUUUAAAUAAUAAAAGAUAAAGGUCUAGGGAUGAAAUAGCAAGAACUAAGAUAAUCAAGGGACCAAAUACAAAACAUACCCAAUAGAAUAUGAGUUGCUUCUGGCCGUGGCAACUCCAACGGUCAUAUUUCUCCAAACUCACCGGAUCAACCAAAAUGACCGAGUCAGCUCUCUAUAACGACGACGAAGAACACCACCACCAAAAAUACUGUACCCAUAUCUCCAAAAUCCCAAUCGAAAUCGUGACUGAGGAAGAAAUGGUUCUACUCGAAGCUGCCAUGGUUUCUGCUCGCUCUUGCAUCUCCUCCUCGGCCAUCCCUGUUCUUCGUCACUCUCAUCUUCAUACCCAUGUUAGGUCCAUUCAGUCAAUUACUGCUCUUUCAAAAAGGGGUUUUCCGGGCUCUAAAGAACCGGAUAUGGAGGAUUUGGGUGAUUUCAGAAAUACCCAGAAGAAAAGCCGGUUGCUUGACUCGUAUUAUCUUCGGUUUCGGAGGAAUAAAGGCUUGUUCGUUACUGAUUUUACUGACACGGAAUGGUGUGAAAAACAAAAGGAGUUCAGUCUACUCGGCAAGCGAUAUGUCAAUAAGGCUAUGAAAAAGGGUAUUGCUCGCCAUGCCAAGCUUGAAGAAGAGGUUGUUAAAAAAGUGAAGGUUACUGUGAAGUCAGUUGAAGAUAGAUGGGCUUUGAAGUUUUUAAAUUUUAUAAUUGGUGUAAAUCAAUUAUUAUUUGAAGGGUUAACACGUGAGCUCCCAUUAGUAAGUUUUGUAGAAGGUGUUUGGAUUGUGGGAGUGAUCGAUGAAAUUCGAAUGCCUAUUACAGAAACUGAUAAACAUCCUUUACUAGUUGACACGAAGACUCGUGUUCGACCCACACUUCCUUCCGAACCACAGCGAAGAAACGGAAGGUUUCAAUUAAUGUGUUACAAGCGUAUGUGGGAUAGUUUAGUGAGUGAUAAUUUCCCAACCAAAAAGUUUUUUGACUUCUAUAACUUGAAUCCCUAUAACAAUUUGUCUGAAGAAAUCGUUGACAGAACACGAAAUGUUGGAUUCCCUGCGCAGACCCUAGAGGAUGUGAUGAAGUACUACUCAAAUACAUGUAGUGUGUUACCUCUUGCUUAUGACAACAUGUUAUUAAGAUAUGAGUCCCAGCAAGACAAUUCACUGCUCGGUGAAGAUGAGUUUGCGUAUGACUUAGAUUGGCUUCAGAAACAAAUCCAUGUUAGUCUUGAGUUCUGGCAUGGAAAGCGGGAAGCAAGUUACACUCCCGAGGAAGAGCGUUGGAAAUGUCGGUUCUGUCAAUUCGCUAAUGAAUGUCCUGGAAAUAGUAACGGUAGCUCUUCAAGCCCUUCAAGCCCUACUGACUUAACCCCUUCAAGCCCUACCGACUUAACCCCUUCAAGUCCUACAAAUUCAACGCCUGACAAUAAUUCAAGCUGCUAGGGAGGCACACCAGCAAGUACUUCUGUUGUUUCCAACGAAUUUCCUCGGUUAAUUCAGCUACAAAAACAGAAAAGUUUUCCCAAAAUCAAAGGGGUGAAUUGAAUUUUGUUAAUAAGCUACAUUUCAUUUUCUACAUUUUAGUUGGUUCUUUGUAUUUAUGGUGGUACAUCAUAUUGAUGUUCCUGGUAUUGUUGUUUGAUUCUUUGUUGUAUGUACAAUUCAUUUAUUGAUUUAUAGAAGAAAGUUCUUUAGGGCAUGCAUUUGGAAGCAACCGUUUAAUUA